UCCGGUCAAGGACGUGCGACGAUGGAGGAACUGGGACUACUUCCCCCGCAAGCAAAAGUAUUUUCGUUUUCAUGCACGACUAACCUUCAUCAGGAAUUAGAAACCUCAGAUGUUGCAGCUGUUAAUUAUAAUCACAUUGACCCUUUACAGUUGAGCGAAGAUGAUCUAUACGUCAAAUUGAAGAUACAGGAAGAAUACAUUAAAGAUGAGCAAAAGAAUUUGAAAAAAGAAUAUCGUCAUGCACAGGAAGAGGUCAAGCGAAUAAAAAGUGUCCCACUCGUUAUCGGCCAGUUUCUCGAGGCCGUAGACCAAAAUACGGGCAUCCUGGGCUCAACCACGGGGUCUAAUUAUUACGUGAGAAUUCUUUCUACAAUCGACCGUGAGUUACUGAAGCCCGGAGCAAGUGUGGCGCUCCAUAAGCACAGCAAUGCACUCGUGGAUGUUUUGCCACCUGAAGCUGAUAGCUGUAUCGCUAUGCUGCAGCCCGAUGAGAAGCCUGAUGUCAGCUAUGCGGAUAUUGGGGGAAUGGACACUCAAAAGCAAGAGAUGCGUGAGGCCGUCGAAUUACCACUCACUCACUUCGAACUGUACAAGCAGAUUGGUAUCGACCCACCUCGAGGGGUUCUCAUGUUUGGCCCUCCUGGUUGUGGAAAAACGAUGCUCGCGAAGGCUGUUGCUCAUCAUACCACAGCUGCGUUCAUUCGUGUAGUUGGAUCGGAAUUCGUACAAAAAUAUCUCGGUGAAGGACCCCGUAUGGUCCGCGAUGUGUUCCGGUUGGCAAAAGAAAAUGCACCUGCUAUCAUUUUCAUUGACGAAAUCGAUGCAAUUGCCACCAAAAGAUUUGACGCCCAAACCGGAGCGGAUCGGGAAGUUCAACGAAUUCUGUUGGAGUUGCUCAAUCAAAUGGAUGGGUUUGAUCAGAAUGUUAACGUAAAGGUCAUCAUGGCAACCAAUCGUGCAGACACUUUGGAUCCAGCACUACUGCGUCCCGGACGGUUGGAUCGUAAAAUCGAGUUUCCAUUACCAGACCGACGCCAAAAGCGUUUGAUCUUCUCCACAAUCACGGGGAAAAUGAAUUUAAGCGAAGAUGUUGACCUGGAGGACUAUGUGGCCCGACCGGACAAAAUUUCCGGAGCGGAUAUCAAUGCGAUCUGUCAAGAGGCCGGAAUGCAAGCUGUGCGAGAAAACCGCUAUGUGGUCCUCGCAUCCGACUUCGAGAAGGGAUACAAGAAUGCUCUUAAAAAGGGAGACCAAGAGUUUGAAUUUUACAAGUAACCUCCACCGUCCCCGUUCUUUACUCACUCGGUACCUCUUGUUGGUGCCUAGUGGCUUGCCAUCUGUUUCUCCUUUCAUUUCCUGUCGUGACCCCAACUGUUAUAAACAUCUGGUGAUAUGUUGACUCGAUUGUAAAUAGACAGCGCUGUGCCCAC